CCGUGCGCUUCAGUCCCACUAUGGCGUCUCAUCAAAUCAGAAUGGGAUUUUUCUACCGCCUUCUGUACCGGAAUUUAUCUUUCGCCAAUUGUUAUCUUACAUCUGGAUUUCUGUGCUGAAAGACGUCAAAUGUAGGCUAAAUGAAGGACGAGGAAAGCAAAGCGCGGUCGCUCCAGAGCACCGAUACGGAGCGGGGAAGUGCAGCCGGUGUGGAGGAUGUCCGGGCGGGCAGCGGAGCGCCGCUGAUCCCGGUGCUGCAUGGAGCAGGAUCGGACCGAGCCCCCGCACCGACAGCCCGAGCAGGAACGGGAAUACGCGUUUUAAAGCGUAACAUGAAGAGGAACGGCAGUCGAGGCUGUGUGACGAGGAAGACGCGCUUCGGCUCUCGAGAGCGAGACUGGCUGAAGGGCGACGCUCAGCGAGGCUGUGUGUGUCUCUACGGGGCCUCGGAGCCUCAACCUCCAGCCUCGGGCCCCCAGACCUCCACCAGCACCCAGCCGGACCUGAAGCUGGUGCUCUGCUCCACCAACACCACCGCCGAGGAGCUGUGCGCUCAGAGAGACGUGCAGGGUCUCUAUCUGCAGCUGCACGGAGACCUAAUCAGGAGGCUGGACCCCUCCGAUAGUCCUCUUCAGAUGGUGUAUGACUACCUGACUGCUAUGGGCUAUGAAGACCCGCUCCGUGUCCAGCAGGAAGCCGCCAACUCAGACCUCAGCUGCAUGAUCCGCUUCUUCAGUGAGAAACCAGUGAACGCAGACCAGCAGGAGCGGACUCUUCUGAAGGGUGUGUUCAGCGUCAGGAAGGGAAAGACGCAGCUCCAUAAAUGGGCCGAGCGGCAGGUCAUCCUGUGCGGGACGAGUCUGAUCGUGGCCUCUGUCAAGGACAGCCUGACCGGCAAGAUGCACAUCCUACCCCUGGUCGGGGGGAAGGUGGAGGAGGUGAAGCGGAGGCAGCACUGUCUGAUGUUCAGCUCCGCCGGACCGCAGGCUCAGACUUACUACGUUAACUUUGACACACUGGCCGACUACCAGCGCUGGCUUCGGCAGGCUUCGAAAGUGGUGUCUCAGACCAUCAGUCUGGUGGAUUUGUCCUGCUACAGUCUGGAGGACGUGCCCGAGUAUCUCUUCUACUGCCAGGACGUCACGCACCUCAACCUACGACACAACUUCAUGAGUCUGGACGGCCCUGGAGGACUCGCCAACUUCAACAGAUUUGGCCAGCUGAGGAGCUUGAAUCUUUCUCACAAUGGGCUGGGCGUCUUCCCGGAGUCUCUGUGUGAGAUCCAGACUCUGAUGGAGCUGUAUCUGUCCUGCAACGGCCUCACUUCUGUCCCGGCCCGCCUCCAAAACCUCCAGAGCUUACAGACGCUGUGUUUGGACGGGAAUCUCCUGGAGUCUCUUCCGGAGGAGCUGGGAAACCUGACGCAGCUCUGCAGCUUGGGUCUCUCCUUCAAUGACUUCCCUCUCGUCCCCGGCGUGGUGGAGCGCCUCGGGGCCCUGGACAAGCUGGCGAUGGCGGGGAACAGGGUGGAGACUCUGGAUCUGUUCAGCCUGCUCCGAAUGACUCACAUUAAGAGUAUUGAUUUAAGAUUAAAUGGCCUCCGCUGUGUUAAAAGUGAAACUCUGGAGCCGGUCAAACAUCUCACCCAGCUGGACCUGAGAGACAACCAGCUGACGUCUCUGGACCUGAGCUCGGCCUGCAGUCUGGAGAGCCUGCAGUGUCAGAGGAACCAGCUGAGAGCCCUGACGCUCAGCGGCUUCACCCUGCGCUCACUCCACGCCAGAGACAACCGUCUGACCACGGUGAACAUCUACCCUGUUCCCAGCCAGCUCACAGAUAUGGACCUUUCAAGGAAUCUCCUGGAAUACCUGCCAGACUGGGUCUGUGACAGCAGGAAGAUUGAGGUGCUGGACGUCUCCCAUAAUCUGCUGUCUGAGCUCCCGGCCAGAUUUCUCAGCAGUCUGAGUCUGCGUAAACUGUUGGCUGGUAACAACCGGCUGGAGAGACUGGCUGACCUGCUCGACCACAUCCCACUGGAAACACUCGACCUGCAGCACAACAAGCUUCGCCAACUUCCAGAGAGCUUCUUCUACAAAGCCUUGAAUUUAAAGUAUUUGAAUGUGUCUGCCAAUGCGCUGGAGACGAUCCCGCCGAGCAGCCAAUCAGAGGAGAGCCUCAGCACCCUGCAGGAGCUCUAUCUCACAGGAAACAACCUGAAUGAGAGCUGCGCUGCUCUACUGGUGGGGCAUCAGAACCUGCGGGUCUUGCAUAUGGCUUAUAACCAACUGCAGUCCUUCCCUGCUAGCAAGCUCAGUAAGCUGGAGGUCCUGGAGGAACUGAAUCUGAGUGGGAACAAGCUGAAAAUGAUCCCCUCCACCGUGUCCAGCUGCAAGAGACUGCACACACUCAUCGUCCACUCCAACCAUAUCAGCGUGUUCCCAGAAGUCCUCAGCCUCCCCGAGAUCAAGCUAGUAGAUGUGAGCUGUAAUGAGCAGACCGAAAUCCUUUUGCCGGACUCUCUGCCUUCAACCCUACAAGAGCUGGAUCUGACCGGCAACAGCAGCCUCAUGUUAGAGCACAAAACACUCAACCUCUUCAGUCACAUCAGUACUUUGAAGCUGGACCAGAAGCCAGCCGUGACCGCAGGAGACGCACAGGGCACGUCCACCCUGUGGGAUCAUGGUUACGCUGAGAUGUGUGGGCAAAGGAACAAGUUGUGUGUGUCUGUGCUGGCUGUGGAUCACUUUGGGGACAGUCCGGAUGCUGCUUAUGGGAUUUUUGAUGGCGACCGUAAUGAGGAAGUUUCCAGGUUACUGCAGUGCACCAUGGGAGAUGUAUUGGCAGAGGAGAUACAGCACUCCAGUGUGGACGGUGUAUACAUGUGCAACACUUUCCUUACCUCUCAUAGGAAACUUGGCAUGGCAGGCCAGAAGCUCGGUGCCUCUGCUCUGCUCUGUUACAUCCAUCACGAGUCCUCCGAACCUGGCCGCUACUUCAGCCUCACUGUGGCCAACGUAGGCACCUGCCAGGCUGUACUGUGUCGUGAUGGACAACCUCUUGCCCUGUCAAAGGUUUUCAGCCUAGAACAAAGUGCUGAGGAGAUGGAGCGCAUCAAACUGGCAAAAGCUAUUAUCACUGAGGAUAACAAGGUGAGUGGGGUGACAUGCUGCUCACGGUUACUUGGCUGUUCCUACCUGUUUCCUUGGGUGCUUCCCAAACCCUGGGUGCACACAGAGCCUCUGUGUUCUCAGGAUGAAUUCCUGAUCCUAGGAAACAAAGCACUUUUCCAGAAGGUUUCCUACCGGGAGGCAGUGAGCACUGUGCUGGCUGUCAGAGACCCCCGCGCUGCUGCCAAAAAGCUCUGCACGCUGGCACAGAGCUAUGGGUGCCGGGAUAAUGUCGGAGCAGUAGUGGUAGCUUUGCAUAUCGGAGAAGACAGCUGUACGUGCGAGCCUCCUCUCUCGAACACAGAAGCCCGAGGACCACCUGCCCAGACACUGUUACCGAUACCUGUGUCUCCUGGUGACCUUGCAGCGCUGUCAUCUAGCAGUGGCAUCGCCUCGGAGUUUAACAGCGAGAUGUCUGCUUCGGAAGUGGGCAGCGAGGCUGGGUCCACAGCUUCAGACGAGCACCCCUCUUCAGGACCAACGGCUCGUCCGGAGCGUCGCUGUAGUUUGCAUCCGACUGCUACCUUGUGUAACACCGGGCCGCUGGCGAGCCUGGGGCCAGGGGCGCACCCGGCGCUAUUCCAGCGGCAGCCUUCCAGCGCCAAUUUCUCAAGCAACCAAUCAGACAAUGGACUGGACAGCGAUGACGAGACUCCAUUAGAAGGCGUCAUCUCAAACGGGAGUAAGCUUGAGGUGGAAGUGGACAUCCACUGCUGCGCUUUUCAGCUGCGCUCUGGACCACCGGAAAGUCCCAAGGACCUGGACGGCCGGCAUGAUUCGAGGGGCUCGGAUUAUCCCAACAGCAAAAUGCGGCGGCAAAACAGCGUGGUGGUUUCUGCCACCAACGGCUGCCUGCUGGCCGUAUGCGGCCGAGAGAUCUCGGAUCUGAAGAAGUCUCCUUCAACCUCCAGCCUCUUUGGGAAGAAGCUCUCUAAUGGCUCCGUAGUGGCUCUCGAGGAUAGCCACAAUAUCAUUGAAGUAGCACUCGAGGCCCCAAAAAAGAAAUCUGGAUAUUUUGCCGCACCAGCCCAGCAAGACCCGGAAGACCAGUUAAUUAUACCACCUAGUCUGGAGCAGGAUGUGCGGGAGCAGCUGAGAGGCCAGAGCCCUGUGGUUCCCGGGCCGCCGCCGGCUCCUUCAACGCCGCCCUCAGCAAGAGACCCCAACUGGGACCAUACUCAGUCCACCAUCGCUGGUCUGCACCCCACCACCGUCCUGCAACAGGACGUCUACGACACCGCUCUAUAGCUGGUGCAAGAGGACCACACCAUUGGAGCAUCUCUGCAUCAUAGUGCCACAUCAAAGAGGCUAGCACGCUCUUCCUGCCUUUGAGAUAAUCCAGUUCUUAUUUAGCAUCAUCACUUGUGGGUUCCUGCAUCUGCAUUCUUGGGCUGAUCUGCGGUGGCCACAUCUAAGUCAAGGAUGGAAAUGGGUGAAAAGUAAGGACCGAUGACAUCUUGAAGAUUGAGGUCUCAGAUUGUGGAAAAACAUGGGCUAUUUCUGACCAAAAACCACAGCAUGGAGCUGGAGUACCUCAUUAUCACCAUGCCGUGAGUUCAUUUCUACAUUCGCCCUUUAUAUCAAAGGUCACAGGCUUAAGUAGGCUUCAAUGAUCACAUUUGCCUUCUGGUGGAAAGAUACUAUCAAGCUAAUCUGAGACCAAAAGAUGAGAAAAGUGCCUCUUAAAGAUGGUUGAGGUUCAGAGCCUUUACUGUUCUGGUGUACGUGCAGUGUUGUUCUCCUUCCUUCCCAUAGUGGCAAAUAGUCGGUAAUCAGCACUUUUGAAGUCCGUGAGGAAAAUUUUCAGUUGGAUAUCUUCCCAAUUUGACCUGCUGGAAACAUCCCGCUCCAUUUCAUGGAAAAGAGAGGUCAUUGUGGAAAGAAGUAUUUGUUGAAAAAGACAAGAGCGUUCUCCACCGUUCCUGAUCCCCUCUCUUGUAUGCAUAAUAACACAAUACAUAAAUAAUAACACAAUAAUGCACAAUAGAAGAGUAUGAUGAACCCAACGUAACAUUCAAACCCUAGAGAGGGAAUCGGUCAAGUGAUGGAGGUCAAAGUGAGAUGGAGACAAAUACUUCAUCCAGUGCUCAGAGGAAGCAUCGCCACACCUUUAAGGUCAUUUUGGGGAGCAGAAAGACCUCACAAUUUUGUCUGAGCUCAUAUCUUGAGCUGUUUCGGGUUGUCUAGAGUUCUUGAAGUUUCGAGCGUGCCAUGACUACAUGACAGAGCCCCUGCUAUGCAGCCCUUGGGCUGAAAAUAUGUCAUUGGGUCUUUGUAGUAGUGCAGUUUUACUGUUGAUCUCAGUGAAGCUGGGAUAUUUUCUCCUCAUCUCAUAAUCAAGGAAAAAAUGAACAGCUGACAUUUAGGUUUUAUUAUAUGAGAAAUACCAGGCAUAUGAUAUCAUCUAUUGUGCGUGUGGGUAUGUGUGCUCUAUUUUAGCCAUGCAUGGUACAU